GGGUGGCCCAGCAGCAGCUCCAGUAUGGUGUCAUGCGGACACAAUUGAAGGUGUCUACUGCCACGAAGCGCCAAACCGCUACUUCAAUCGGAAAAACAAAAACGUAGUGAUCGAAUUCCAAGACCCACUGCCGCAUGAUUCGGGUGCUUCGAGUAAUGGCCGAUGGGUUAUCAAGGAUACAAAUCUAAUCCUCGCCAGCGCUGAGAACGAAAACGCCAAAGCUCCGCAAUUACCAAGAGCCACGGACUGGGUAGUCGAAGAUCGAGGUCGCCCGGGUGCGCCGAUUCCUCCUCUUGGCGACACCUCGAAAGUUUUCAGCAAAGACAGGUUCCGAUUCAUCACUGAUAAGAUGGUGUGGCAUUUGGCGGCGAGCUGCAAAAUGGAAAUCGACUGCGUUCGGAAGGCGAAUGCGGAUUGCGAAAAAGUUCGGUACGAAGAUUUGGACAAGAUCGCCAUUGAGAUGCACAAGUUGGUGAUCGAUCUAGCUCGCGUCCCCUUGCAUCAGAUGAUGCAGAUAUGCGAACCAGCUGGGUUCUUGCUCUUGCUUGAGCGCGCCUGCGUCUGGCAAGCGAUCCUCGCCAAACGCCUCGUCAAAAUGGUCAUGCCUCGUAGUCUUUGGGCGAGGCAUAUGGAAAACACCGAAGCGAUACUAUGGCCGUUGUUUUCCGAGAUCUGCUUCACGGAGAUGGAAGUGGAUUACUGGGAACACAAUGAAGACCUCCAAGCUACGGGUCCCUGGACGUGGGAGAAAAGCGCCAGGAAGGGAAAAGACGCUGCUGCUCGACUGGACCUUUGUUUGCAAAGACUCUGUGAUUUUUUGAAACCUCAUAAACAGUUGAACGGUGCACGAUCUAUGCAACCUGGUGAAAAACAAAUGCCGGCACUAGAAGUAUGGUGGAAGAGGGUCACGGAGAAGGUGAAUCAUGCUGGAGGUGCUGGUAGUGUAACUUAAGGCUUCCCCUAAUCCCUCCCUCUAGACAUCGAUCCCUCAAACAUAUGCGCCCCUAUGCAAGGGAGAUACUGACGCAUAUGCAGCUUGAGGGAUUUCCACAGGGGUGAACAGGGGAGAGCUCUAAUUAACAUCUUCGGCAGCAGUCGCUGCUUCAAGUUCCAGUUCCCCAAGUCCGACCGCUCAAGAUGAGGAGCAACAGAAUGCUCGUGAUGCGGCGGUCAAGAGUGGCUAUGUCCAAACCAAUUUCCGCUUCUUCCAACUACUACUGUCGAUGGCUGGUUUGACGCGCAAAAACAGAGAUUGGACCAUCAAACAACUUGACACUCUCCACCUUGACUUGCGCAACCAGCACGCGCGCUAUUUGCCACACUACAUCAAAAAAGCACUGACGCAUCACACCCAUUUGCCAUCGCACUUCUUGCUAGACGUGCAGAUCCCAGAUACUAGACCGGAAAAAGCCGCUGAAUUAAGACUUCCGCAAAUCUUCCAUAUUUUGAGAUGCUUCUAGGACCUCCCGUGUAAGGGGGGAACGGGUCCAAGAUGCAUCUCAAAAUGGGAUAUUCCUGGAAUGUCUAACAGAAGGUGUGAAACACUCAGUAGACAGAUUGUCACCACAUCUGCAGAUCGAUAUGCAAAGAACGGGUACAACAGGAGACGAACUCAUCAAAAUCGACAGAAAGGAUUUCUACUGGUAAGGCAAAAAGAAUAAGUAGAAAAAGAAGAUGUAGAUGUGUGUAUGUUGAUUGUGAUAUAUUUUUGUUUACGUAACAGUGCAAGUGCUGUUCUUGAAGUACUUCUGUAGUACUUACCUAAACGAGAGUCCUUCUUGUGAAGUAGUAGGUCUGAAAGUGAGAUGAAUUCUGGGGUCAAGAUGCAUCUUCAAAGUUAAACGAUAUAAUUUUUUCUCAAGCUACCUCAUAAAAAGUGCCACCUAAGCUACCUAAUAUAAUAUACUACCACCUCUCUAAUCCAUCCACCACGAAGUUCUGUACUCCCUUGAUCCGGCGUUGACGUGGUGUGUCGGGCCUUUGUACAGAAAGCUCAAGGACCCGAAAGAAUGGGGGGGUGAAGGUUACGUUGGUCUAGCACUACCCCAAGUGUAUGACAUUCUCGAUAUGGCGGCGAUGCGAAUAGUGCCUUUGAGCGAACAAGAGAGGAUCUGGAAAGAUAAACCAGGAGUGGAAGAAGAUUGGGAAGAUAAACUUAUGGAACAAGUGAAAUAAAUGGAUGGAUGAAUGAAUGGAAUUGUGUUGUGAAAAUUGUUGACAGGUAGACUUUCUUAUAGGCUUAGCAUGUAUAGAAGCUACUUCACUCACACCUCCAUUAUUCGUCCUCAAAGGGAAGAAGAAGAACUAGAACCAAACUGUUCUUCCAGGAGAUGUUGAUCUUCCGUAUCAGUUACAAGUAACUGCAUGAGCACAUCUCUAAACACAAACUCCUCCGAGGCAAGUGGUUGCGGGAAAGAUGGGUGCAUAACUACAGCUCAACGAGAUACAACCGCGGACGCGACCAUGCUCCCGGAGGCCAACAUUAUUAAGGCACAAGAAUGUAGAUGAUGUAGUUUCACGAGAGCUCCUUCUUUUAUUCAGAACAAGGCAAAAAAGGCUGAAUGACCUCUUAACUACUUGGCCAUGUAGUGCCUGAGGUGACAUGACGUGACAUUCUUGCUAAGGCGUCGUGAAAAGUGCAGGUUUGCUUACUACCCGCUUUUACAACUCGCGACAACAUGCUCUCUUCCACCCCCAAAAAUUUUCCCCUUUCCACACAACUCCUGCAUCACUUCUAAUGUCUCAGCGCCUACUUCCAAAGAUGGGGUCAUCCAUCAAGCAUGGGCCAAGUUGUUCCGAAAUACGGCAUGAAAUAUCACUACAACCCUGGAUCUCGGUCGAAUGCAGGAGGCACAUCAGGAAAAACAAUUAGAGAAACACCUGCGCCAUGGGCAGCUGCUUCUACUGGUCAAGCGAGUGACCACCAGGUGGAACCUGAACCUCUGGAUCUUACUACCGAAGUCAUGGCACCGAAUGCGAAAGGCGGUGGCAAGAAGAAAGACAAAGGGCGUCCACGACCUGCGACAUCAAAGGCUUCUUCCAAAGGCCAGUCAAGCAGCCUGCUGAACCAACAACAAGGGAAUUAUUCUGCUGAACAACAGAGACAACAACAACUACAACAGGGUGGACAAGACGAGGUGAUUGGUCAGAUCGAUGAAGACGAACAAGACGUAAUAGCAAUGGGUGGAGGUUUUGGCUUUGCCUUUGUUCCACCAAAAGGCUUUCUACUUAAAGAUGAGGGUCUUGCGGUGUGGCAGCAAAUCCAAGAAUUGUGGGGUAGACAGCCAAUCAGAGCAGAAAACCAACUAAAACUUAUGUUGCAGAAGUUAUCAACGAGAACAACACGCUUUUUUUCGGCUACGUAUUAGACACCUCUGAUGCAGGGUUGAGGAAAAAAGAAAAACCGGAAAUUGUUUAUUUCCUUAUUGCUUGCGCUACUAGACGCUACUGCGUAGUGAUAUACUAUUUGUCUGAUUCACAAACGAAAACGGAUAUUUGUCUGUCGUUGUUCACAAAUGAAAACGGAUAUUGUCCGCUCCUCUUCUAAUCUGUUAAUAACACGCGAAAUGCGGAUUUGGGCUCAAAAAUGCAAAAAGCAGAAAACCAUUGACCGCAGACGCGUGCUCCUUGCUCGAGCAGUGGCUUACGGCAUCGAAGCCCACAGGAACCAAUCGGAGGAUAUGGUAUUUCGUAUAUUCAAAGAUAGCACUUUCGAACCACAAGAAUUCAUUCCAUCCAUCCUCAAUAGAUACUUAACAGAAAUAGAAGGUGGAUACAAACGUAGUAGAUGGGGGCAUACGCUGCAUACGAGCAACUACUACCUAUUUAUGAAAAGCUACCUACUCUUUCCUCUACACAGCUUGUUAACCUACUCUUUCCUCUACACAGCUUGUCGGGCAAUGCUACUAUGUUUUUGGCAAUCGGCGUAUUUCGCGGAAGAGAGGCAGUCUGGCAGUCCACCUCGAGCAAGCGCGUGCAUUGAAGAGUGCUUUGGGACGAUCAUGCGUGGAUAA